AUGGCUUUCGGCAUUGUCACAUGCGGACUUUAUCCGUCAGCAGGAUGGGUCGGCAGCUCUACUCCUGGGAUCGUUUCUCGAAGCAUACCGCGCACGCAAGCGCGAGUGCAAGUGGGAGAACCAGCCUUCAGACCUGCUUAUGGCUUCGAGCGUGCGUCGCCUUUGGGACCUCAGCCGCAAGACGGAGAGGCUGUGGCGGGCCUUCGCACCUGGCUCAAGCAGAUGGGCCUUGAGGAUCACCUACCUGCUGCCAACGCGUGGUGUGAGGAGAUGGGCGCCUCGGUGAUGGCCGAGAUUUUGGAGGAUCUGGAGGACUUCGUGGAGGGGAUGAACCUCAAUGACGACGAUUCGCAGACCCUGAGAAAGCGUGGAAAGGUCGCUCUAUCCAACCUGCUUCAGCGUGGGGAGAUCAUCGAGCAACAAGCCGUGGUGGAUUCGGAGGAGGAGUUCAUGACCUCGGGGCGGACCUUUCUCAAAAAGCCGAUGAAGAAAGCGAGCUGA